AUGAAUGUUGUCAGCCACUCAAUCGCCAACAUCUUCAAGAGGCUUCUCGUCGUUCUCCUGCUGUCCGCCCUAGGAACUCGAGAACUGUCAGUGAGCAACUACCUGGGGCUAGGUAUUGCACUGGCUGGGCUGCUUAUCCACACACACGGGAAGGUAGUUGCAGAUUGUUUCUGCCUACUUACAGAGAACGUCAGACGUGAAGGGCACAAACGCUCUACAUUCACGGCUCUUGUGUUCUUGGCUUUGUUCGCUUCGGCAGUUGUAACUUUAUCUGGCAUGUUAACAUCUACAACUGGCCGACUACCAGCUGCUGGGCAACUCGCAGACACAGCCUUCAGCUCAGAAAACUACGGCCUACGUAAUGUCAGAGACGCUCUUACGGAAGAGUCCCACCUCGUCGAAGCUGAAAGUGACCCAGAUUUGCGGGAGUUUCUAUCAUGGCGUCUGGUGGACCAUCCUGAAGAGACCGACAAGAGAUCCAAGACGCUGACGACCAGCAGGGAAAUCAUAGAAGAGGCGCAGAGAAUUCUGGCUAAUCUGUUGGGAGAUCUGAUAGGCACAGCUAAUCACGUGAUGCUGAUUGACGUUCCUGUUUUCGAAAAUAAAGGUGAUCCGGCUAUAGCCGCGGGAGGGGUCAUGCUUAUGAAGCGUCUAGGAAAGACGAUUGUGUACUAUUGCGAGACAUAUUCCUGUCAGAACAACACACGCUUAAGGGAAGCCUUACGUGCCAGUCGUAGUUAUCGAAAAGACGAUUUGGUUAUCUUAAUGAAUGGAGGUGGUAAUUUAGUUGGAUAUCCACUAAUGGAUGGAAUUCGAACGAAAUUCAUUAAUACUUUUCACGACAAAAAAUCUAUUAUUCUCACUCAAAGUAUAUGGCUGCAUGGAAACUAUUCCGCAAACUUGGAUUUCGCCCGUAGUGUUUAUUCUAACAGACCGAAUUUGACUAUAUUAAUAAGAGACCGACAGUCUUUGGAAAUAGCCAAGAAUAAUUUUAAGGGAGUUAAACUUAUUCUUGCACCGGAUAUGGCAUUCUGUAUUGGAAUGACACCACGGCAAAUGCCGCCAUUGUAUGAUAUUGUAUGGCUGAAACGAAAUGACAGUGAAGGGACAAAUUAUACCCUUCCAAAUGUGCCGACCAAUAUUUCUGUAGAAAUCAGUGACUGGUACAGCUGGAAAUCAAACAAAGGGCCUAACGACAUAGAAACUGCAUUUCACUUUGCCGGCGAGGGGUUUCAGUUUUUACAGAGAGGUCGAGUGGUCAUCACAGACCGACUGCAUGGACAUAUUCUUUGUUUGUUGAUGGACAUUCCACACUUGUCUUCGUUUCACAGAACCUGGACACAAGGUCUAGAAAACACAGUUUUAGUCAGCAACGGCUCAUUGGCUCUGGAGUCUGGGUUAGAGUUGCUCACGCGUUACGAGAAGUGGCUACCUUUGAUAGGAUCUAGCUAUAAGCCAACAGGUGGCUGA